CUUUCGGCCUGACGUCAUACCAUCGCGAGAGCUGGGAGGGACGCGACAGGUGACAGAACCCGGAAGUGUCGCUGGCUGGGCUCGGUAUCUAGGAGAGAGAAGAGAGGUCUCGGGAUGGACGACACGUUGUUCCAGUUGCGGUUCACGGCCAAGCAGCUGGAGAAGCUGGCAAAGAAAGCGGAGAAGGAUUCCAAUACUGAAAACGCCAAAGUCAAAAAGGCCCUGCAGCAGAAGAAUGUGGAAGUUGCCCGUGUGUAUGCCGAGAAUGCAAUCAGGAAGAAGAACGAGGGUCUGAACUGGCUGCGGAUGGCUUCACGGGUAGAUGCCGUGGCCUCUAAAGUACAGACAGCAGUCACCAUGAAGGGGGUGACCAAGAACAUGGCCCAGGUGACAAAGUCUCUGGACAAAGCCCUGAGCUCCAUGGACCUGCAGAAGGUGUCGGCUGUUAUGGAUAAAUUUGAGCAGCAGGUUCAGAAUUUGGAUGUGCACACAUCGGUAAUGGAGGACUCCAUGGGAUCGGCUAUGACCCUGACCACCCCACAAGAGCAGGUGGAUAAUUUGAUUUUGCAGGUCGCGGAGGAGAAUGGGCUGGAAAUAAUGGAUCAGCUGAACCAGCUUCCGCAGGGUGCUUCCUCCGUGGGCGAGAGUUCCACCCGCACACCGGAAGACCAGCUGUCACGCAGACUGGCUGCUCUGAGGAACUGAUGUCUUGCUGCUUCGCCCUCUCCUUCCUGGAGUUUUUGGUACACUGGGGUCCCUUGAUCACACCUGGCCUUCUCCACUAUAUGUUGGGAAGAUCCUAGGCCCUGGGAUUGUGCUGCUACUGCUUACUGGUCACUCAGUCCAUCUAGGAAGCUGAAGCAUUCUCAUACAGGGGCCUUGAUGCAUGGAUUUCAGCCUAGGAUUAGCGUCUCAUAUGGAGGCAUAAUGUACAAUUAUUCUAUUCUCUCUUAUUGUUCCUGACUCCUUGCCAGAUGAGCCUUGCUGGGAAGGUGGGAACGUUGGUGAUACCAGAGGACGUUCGAGCCGCUGGCCAUCACAUCUGGGGGUGAUCUCAGAAUUUGCUCUGUAUUAAUAAGUGCUUCCUCACAUACUAGAGGUUAUAUAUUAUCUGCACAGUUUCCCCAUCUCGCUGUCCUUACGACUUAAAGGACAUGUCCUUACUCAAUGUGUGCCAGAGACGUGUUACAUUCUCCUACCCGCAGCCAAUCAGAAGAUCAAUACCGUCUGUGUGUGGUGGUAAACCUAAUUACUGUAUGUGGGAUUUACUGACGAAUUGUCCCCGAAUCCACAGAUCACAUCCAGGCGUCUGCUUGUUGCUGUAAGCCCCUGUGCGGAGUGGGUUAAACAUGUGAUGUCUUGUGCCUGUUAACCGUUAAUAUGCUGGGGGGGAUGUCAUGCUUGCCUUGGUAGUUCAUAGGACCAUUAAGGCCUUUUUUCCAUGUAGGUUAGGGGUCAGCAAUCUCUGGCACCCCGGGCUGAUGUGAAACUACAACUCCCAGUUGCUCGGUUGUCUUUGGAACUCCCAUAGAAGUAAAUGGAGCACGCUGAGAGUUGUAGUUUACCACCAGUUGUUGUAGUUAAUUACAAAGUGUCCUGUACUUUAUAAAGAGCAUCUCCUCCUAAUAAUAAGAUUAAUUAUUAACAGUCACUAUUGGCCAUAGGUCCUCGAGUCGUCGGCUUCUGCCACCUUGCUAAAAAUCCCAUUAGAUAUGGGUGUUCCUUAGAAAAGCAGGGUGCCCAUCCAUACGGCCACCAUUAUAGCCUGCACCCAGCUUUUUUUAGGGCCCUGAAUGAAACUUGUACCUAAGUCAUAUUAUACAUUUUUCCAUAUCCGUGUGUGACUAAGCAGAGUUUCCGUUCAGGCUCUUAGGAAAGCCGGGGGCUGGAAUGGCAGCCAUAUUAGUUAUCGCCCAUUUUUCCCCUAGAAGGAGAUGUAACCAAAAGUGGUUCACUAAAGAAAAAACUCAGGAAUUUAUUUUUACAGGUAUUUUUUUUUCCUACAGGGGGAGAUGUUCUAUAAGACAACACUACAUAUGGGCCCC